AUGGCUGAUAGAAAACUUAAAGUACAACGAGAAAUUUUCAUAUGCCGAGCCACAAAGCUUUAUGAUUAUUGGAAUAGUGGAGUUGAUGAUGUUCUAUCUAAAGUCGAAGCUUUAGUGUUUUUAGUUGGUGCUGAUGAUGAUACUGUACAGUAUUCGAAGUCUAAUGCUCUGCAGGAAGAUGAUUCAUAUUUAUUCAGUGAAUCAAAAAAAAACUUAUUAGAUUUUCAGUUUUGGCUUUAUGCGUAUGAAUUAAAUGAUACAGUAGCGAUUUUUACAAAAAGUGGAAUAUAUUUCCUAGCAAGUCUUCGAAAAGCGCAAUUCUUGGAACCUCUUGAAUCCAGCGAAUUUGAUGGCUCUGUACCACCAUUUAAAGUUAUAACGAGGAACAAGGCCGAUAAAGAUGCUGAAAACUUUGAGAAACUGGUUAAUAUUAUUAAAAAUGCUGGUAGUAUCUAUGGACAUUUUGCGAAGGAUUCAUUUGGAACAGAAUUUGCUAAAUUAUGGAUGAAUGCAAUGCAAAAAGCUGAUAUAAGUCUAAGUGUGGACGUUUCUUUAUCAUUCGCUAAGUUAUUUGCCGAAAAAGAUUCACAUGAAAGCGAUCAAUGUAAGCGAGCUGCUGCAGCUAGUGUCAAUACAUGGUCAGUUCUGAGAAAAAAAAUUGUUGAUAUCGUUGAUCAAUCAAAGAAAGUAAAGCAUAGUCGAUUGGCAGAGGAUAUCGAACAAGCAAUGGUUUCAUUCCAAUCUCAUCAUGGAAAUGUUGAAUCGUGUUAUACACCAAUUAUUCAAUCUGGUGGACAAUAUGCAUUGAAAUUGAGUGCAGAAAGCGAUGAUAAACUAAUGCAUUAUGGGACUAUUAUUUGUUCACUCGGUGCAAGAUAUCAGGCAUAUUGUUCGAAUUUGAGCCGAACGAUGCUUGUUGAUCCAUCUAAAAAACUUGAAGAAGAUUAUGAGGUUUUAUUAGAAGUGGAAAGUGCUAUAAUCGAGGCACUGAGACCGGGCAGAAAGCUUCGUGAAGUUUAUGAAAUAGGCUUAAAAACUCUUAAAGAUAAGAAGCCAAAGCUAGUGGAAAAUUUGGUAAAGAAUAAUUUUGGUUUUCUCACUGGUCUGGAAUUUCGCGAAUCAUUUAUGCUAAUCAGUCCGAAAUGUGAAUUGGAAAUCAAGGAGAAUAUGGUUUUUGUGGUUUAUGUUGGUCUUCAAGAUUUAAAAAAUCCAGACGCCAAGGAUAAUGAGUCUAAAAGUGCCGCAUUGCUGCUUUCAGAUACUGUAUUGAUAUCUUCUACAGGUACAAAUGAAGUGCUAACAGAAAAGGCCAAAUCUCGUUUAAAAUCUAAUGUGAUUCGAUUCAAGGACGAAGUAGAAACUUCACAAGGUGAUGAUAAUAAGGUUAGGAUUAGGAUAUAUUUGAAUUUUCCUAUAAAAUCAUAUUCACUUAUAUCAUAUUCAUCAUAUUCAUUUAAGGAAAACAAUUUAAUUGAAACGAUGGGUCGUGGAAAGCGAUCAGUGCUUUUGCAGGAGCAAACCCGAAACAAGACAACAAAUGAAGAUAAGCGAAAAGAACAUCAAAAGGAUUUAGAAAGGCGCCUAAAUGAGAAUGCUCGAGAACGGUUAGCUGAGCAAACUGAUCAAAAGGCUAUUAAAAAAAUCAAAAAAUCUAAUGUAUCCUAUAAAUCAUAUGAAAAAUUCCCGAAAGACAAUGAGGUUGAUAAACUGAAUAUUUAUGUUGAGUGUGUAUAUUUAGAUCGACGUCAUGAUUCUGUCAUUUUGCCUCUUUUUGGCGUGCCAACACCUUUCCAUAUAUCAAUGAUAAAAAAUACAAGCCAAUCUGUCGAAGGUGAUUUUACAUAUUUGCGCAUUAAUUUCAUGCAUCCAGGCUCGCAAAUUGGUAAAGAUCAGCAGCAAUUUCCAAAUCCGCUUUGUACGCAUCUUAAGGAAUUGACUUUCCGAAGCAGCAAUAUUAAGGAACCUGGUGAGUUGAGUGCCCCUAGUAACAAUCUUAGUACGUCCUACCGUCUAAUUAAAGAAAUGCAAAAAAAGUAUCGAACACAAGAAGCAGAAGAGCGUGAAAAGGAAGGAGCAGUAAAGCAAGAUAAAUUGAUCUUGUUGACAGCAAAGGGUAACCCGAAAUUGAAAGAUCUUUUUGUUCGUCCAAAUAUCAUUGCAAAAAGAGUCAGUGGUUCGUUAGAAGCUCAUACCAAUGGUUUUCGCUAUACGUCAUUGCGUGGUGAUAAAAUCGAUGUUCUAUACAACAAUAUCAAACAUGCAUUCUUCCAACCAUGCGAUAAUGAAAUGAUAAUUCUUUUGCAUUUCAAUUUGAAAAAUCCAGUUCUUUGGGGAAAACGAAAGUAUCAGGAUAUUCAAUUUUAUACCGAAGUUGGAGAAAUAACUACGGACCUUGGAAAAUAUCACCACAUGCAAGAUCGAGAUGAUGUGCAAAGUGAACAAAUGGAACGAGAAAUGAGAAAAAAGCUUAAUCAAGCUUUCCAAAAUUUUUGCGAAAAAGUAGUUCGAUUAACAAAUGAAGCAUUCGAUUUCGAUACGCCUUUUAAUGAGUUAGCAUUUUUUGGCGUACCCUACCGAUCUUCUUGUACGUUGAAGCCAACUUCAUCAUGUCUCGUAAAUCUAACUGAAUGGCCUCCGUUUGUAGUAACACUUGAAGAAGUGGAUUUUGUUCACUUUGAACGUGUUUCCUUCCAACUGAAGAAUUUUGAUAUGGUAUUCGUUUUCAAAGAUUAUUCGCGUAAGACUCAAAUGAUACAACAGAUACCAAUGACUUCACUGGAUAACGUAAAGGAAUGGCUUAAUUCUUGUGAUAUCUACUAUUCAGAAGGCCUUCAGUCUUUAAAUUGGGCAAAAAUAAUGAAAACGAUUUUGGAAGAUCCUCAAGAAUUUUUCGCGAAUGGUGGUUGGAAUUUUCUUUCUGCUAAUAGCGAUAACGAAGAUGAAGAAGAAGACGAAGAAAGUGAAGCAUAUUCACCAUCCGAAAAUGAAAGCGGAGGUUCAGACGAAGAUGAAGAUGAAGAAGAAUCUGGCGAAGCGACGUCAGAAUUUGAUUCAGAAGCAAGUAUGGAUAGCGAUGAAAGCGAAGGUAAAGAUUGGAGCGAUCUCGAAGCAGAAGCACAAAAAGCUGACAAAGCCCGUGACCGAGGAGAAGAAGAACGUCGUAACAAAGAUCGUCAUAUGAGCCAAAAACGCAAAAAUUUGUCGAAAGGGCGAGGAUCGAGUCCGAAACGGCGGAAAUAA